CAAACCGUGAAUACGUGAUUCAGUGAACUGAAACUUUCGCGAAGGUUUAGGCGCUCUGUUUGUUUUAUGUGCGACAUUUCCUAUGGAACAACUGAUAGAUCAGUGCACAUCUGAAAAGAACACACAGGACCAAUGGGACUUAAUCUUACGGAUAUGCGAGGAAUAUGGAAGUAAAGACUUGUUUGAAGGCAAUCGGCAAGCGGAUUUUCCACAAGAAUCCAAACGUAUCUCUGCGUGCGAUCACGGUACUUCUCAGCUUGAUACUCAUUACCAAGUCAUUCAGUUGUUGGAUGCAUGUAGCAAGAACUGUGGAAAGCCAUUCAAUCGAGAAAUCGCCUCGCGGGACUUCACGCAUUCUGUCAAGAGUCGGUUUUCCAAUUUGCAACGUAUUCCCAGCGUCAAACUCACUGAGGUGUUUGAAAAAUGGGCCGAGGAAUUCAAAUCGGAUUCUGAGUUAGCUUUGGCUGCCAGUCUGUACAGCUGGGUCAAAAGUGAGCACUAUGACGUAAUUCGACAUUUGCUGGAAGAUCGACAGGCUAUCAAAGCUGGGAGCGCACGGCAAGUUGCCGCACAGCUGAAAGCCAAAGAGGAGGAAGAACUGGCCAAAGCCAUCGCAUUGUCACUAAAAGAAUCGGGGAACAAAAGACCCGCUGAUUCCGGCCCGUCACGCACCGCACAACCAAGCACCGCCACAACUACUGCUUCAUCUAAUUUGGGGAAAUCCAACCUCUAUCCUGAAUUUGCAGCCUCAACUCUUCCCAGAGCUCAAGCGGCACCAGUCAAGGGCCGUGUCAGGGCUCUCUAUGAUUUCGAAGCCGCUGAAGAUAACGAGUUGACUUUCAAGGCUGGGGAGCUCAUCGUUCUAUUAGAUGAUUCUGACGAGAACUGGUGGCGUGGUAGCAACCAUCGAGGAGAGGGUCUGUUUCCUGCACAGUUUGUCAAAUGUGAAACCGAAGAAAGCCCGUCAUCUAAGAAGAAGGAUAUGAACGGACCUGUCACUGAAACCCCGAAACUCAGCAAACCCGUUCAACUAGAUGCAAAGAAACUAGAUGAGUGUCUACGCCUAAUCAGUAUGGUUGAUCCGACUGGCGAGUUUCGACCGGAUCCUCCCGAACUACCCCAGCUUGAGGCUGAGUGUAAUGCAAUGGCGCCUUUGGUCGAUCCGGAAUUGGAGAAAGUCGAUAAGCGGGUUCUGAUGUUGUCGGAAUUGAACCAACGAUUGCUCGACGCGUUUCAAAUGUACCACGAUCUGAUGUCCGAACCACCUCCACUGUCUGCACCGUACUAUGGUGGAGGUGCAAUCCCAGCAGGUGCAACUGGGUACAUGCCUCCAAUGGGGGCGUACGGAGCCCCACAACCCGGCGCGGGAGGAGUGCCUUACGGCGCUGGAGCUUUGCAUCAGCCCUCAACGGGUGUUUCUUACACUGCCGUACCGGAAACAAUGUACCCUAGUCACAUGACCUGCACGAGUCAGUAUCCUCAGGCCACCACUCAGCCACUGAGCUCAGCUCAGUACCCACCUCCAGCCUACUACUCAGCGACACAACAUCCAGUGGACGCGAAUCCCACGUCUUCCCGACACCAGCAGCAACAGCAACAUUAUGCAGUGAGCGAUGUCUUUCCAGCCGCCUACUCUUCGCAGUAUCCCGCAGGUCAUACUGACCCCGCCCAACCCGGGCUCUCGUCUCGUUAUCCUGGAACUGCCGAAGCUCCUCCAAAUCCGUACUACUACGGAUAUGGUACCACAGCCGACGGAACGCACAUGGACCCCAGUCGUCAAAACAAUAGCGCUGCAAUGGUCGCUCCAACCGAAAAUCCAAUGGGAUAACAAUCGGUUGAAGCGAAUUGCCUGUCUCCACAUCGGCGCCUGUUCACAAGCGCGCCAUUCCUUCGCCAUCGAUCAAGCACAGUCCGUCUGCUCCUCUUCACAUUCUCAUCCUGUUUACGCGCAUUCGCUCCCUACUUCCGCCAAUUGUCUAGAUUCUCCCUCACUCCAUUGUCCGUACACUUUCAUCACUCUCCACACCGCCGUUCAUCCACCGUGUAGUUGAUGUUAAGAGCGUCUUUCACCGAUUACUCACUGCUUACAUUUCAACUUCUUUUUUGCUAAUCUCAUGCGUGAACGUUGCCGUUUUUUGAUUGAUUUCUUCCUCUCUUCCUCAGUUGCGAUCCGUCGAUUGGCUAAUCUCUCCCCAUCUGUUUCUAAGUACCACACACGGACCCAGAAAGACCGUUCAGAAGCACAACAGAUUUCAAUGUCCAACGAAUUUGCUAAAUCAUUGUGCUUCAUUUUCCAUCGAGUAUGAUUAUCAGGUCAGGUCAGUCCAGGCUUGGUUAACCGACUUGUCUAGGUUCUCGUCUGGAGUUAAUUUCAAUUUCUAAUAAUCCUGCUAUCGUCAACGGUCUUCUGUUUGUCUUUGUCGGAAUGGGUUAUGAGUCUUAUCUUCAACUGUUUGCAUUCUCCCUUUCAACACGUCUG